CCCACGCGUUCUUGAACCUGUACUAUCAUGGACUUUGACUUCUUCUUUUGUAUCCCCAUCCUUUUCGGCUGCAAGACCACUACGAGCCCAGAGGGCGACCAGCAGCCCCGAAUAUGCCCGCGCUGUCAUAAUGCCGCUGUUAUCAGCGCGAAGCAGCGGAACUGGUUCGACGUCUGCUGGGUUCCCCUCUUCCCUACUUCGACGAAGCACGUCUGGAUGUGCAACAUCUGCCAGUGGACGCUGAACAGGCAGAAUGGGUGAGUAUAGACGGAUGUAAGGGCAGCCCCUCCGAGCGAUGACGUUCUUGCAGCGGAUGGGAGCCGCAGAUAGCGGGGACGUAUCCGC